AUGUCGGAUCUCAGUGAGCGCAGGCCGGUCAACACGGACUAUGCGGUCUCCCUGCUGGAGCAGCUCAAGUUCUUCUAUGAACAGAAGUUACUGACUGACGUGGUGCUGCUGGUGGAGGACAACGAGUUCCCAUGUCACAAGAUGGUGCUGGCCACAUGUAGCUCCUAUUUCAGGUGAGUUAACUCAGUUUGCUGGUCGCUAUUCCCUAUGGAGUGCACUACUUUUGGAGUGCACUAUAGGCCCUAGUAGUGCACUGUACUGUCAGAAGAUGGUCUUGGUCAGGUGAGUCACUGAGGCGUCUUCUGGGCUGUUCUGUUCAACAGAACGUCACGUACCAGUACUACAGGACAGCAGUUUGUGACCAUGAUGCAGGCCUACCCCCUGGCCUGCCUGAGCAGGCCUAUUUGGGAACACAUUAGGUUGCUCCUGGGCUGUGUCUGAAAUGGCACCCUAUUUCCCUAUAUAGUGCACUUCUUACUAUAUAAGGAACAGGGUGCCAUUUGGGACAGACCUCUGGGCUUACUGUAGCGUGUGUGUAUUUGUGUUGGGGAGAUGGAACUGUGAAAUGGUUGGUUUAUGUAAGUACUGGAAAGGACAAUGUAGGCCUAUGUCGGAAACAUGACAAGCAUUAGUCUGACACUCUUACGAUUAAGCUACAUGGACCAUGUUCUCCCUGAAGUUAUAGUGUGCGUUUCAAAUUGUACCCUAUUCCUUCUAUAUUCCACUACUUUUGACCAGGCACCAUAGGGAAUAAGGUGCCAUUUGGGACACAGCCAUGGUCAAAUAGUGUUUGUUGUUUACUAUGAAAUAUAGAGCUUUGUGUUACUGUUUGUCCCUAAAAUGUCAGCUCCUACUUCUGUGUUUGCGUCAGUUAUUAACCACUAGGUAGUAGUUGUCGUAGUAGUACGCAGAAACAAAUGAUGCAAUUUUAAUCUGUGGCUCAAGAGAAGGUAGACCCAGGGGGCUCAUUCAGAAGCACAACAUUACAUAGCUGAAGUGUAGCACUGUAGUGGAGAGUGGAGAUGAUGACUGGGCAGUUUACAUCCCAAAUGGCACCCUAUUCCCUAAAUAGUGCACACAUGUUGAACAGAGCCCUAAGAGGAAUAGCCAACUGAAGCUCCUCUAGGAACUAAUCCAUCACUCUAUCCCUCUUCUCCCCACCUCUCUCUCUCCCCCCUUCCACCUCUCUCUCUCCCCCCCUUCCACCUCUCUCUCUCACUCAUAUUUACAUGACAGCAGCUUGUGUAGCCUAGUCUUUGAACACAGACAUUCCUAGUAAAGAUCCAGCAGACAAAUGUACUGGCUGCUCUCACACCCACCUAUUCAUCAUCCUCCUCACUGAUUCCUACGCACACCACUUGUUAUCCGGUGACAACAUGCAAAGCAGUUCCCCUCUUUAAGGUUCAGAGGUAUCCAUUCUGUUGCUCUUGACGCGGUCUGGCUCUCCCCCUUUCUCCCCCCUUCCCUCCCCCCUUCUCUCCCCUCCUCGAGAGGUGUCCCUUCUCUCCCUCUUGGCACUCUCUGGCUCUCGUCCCUUCCUCGCUGCAGUUCAAGGGGAGCCGUGGGGGGCUCUGGCGUACUUAUAUUAGUAAGAAAACCCUUGUCAUGCAGGCAAGCAGAGCUGUGUCGGUGAGGGGGGUGGGGUAUGAGCGAGAUGGAGGAGACAGAGGAUGCCUGCAAGGUUGUGUAACAUCCAGGCCAGAUCCCUGGCAGAUCCUGCUGUGAGCAGUACACACACACACAGGUUUUGGUGACAUAUUGUUUUGAAGGACAAAGGCAGUGUCACAGGCAGCUGUGUGUGUGUCAGGAAGGCUUGGAGGGAGGGGGAGGCUGGGGAAGAGAGGGAGACUAGGAGAGAGCGCUAUGACAGGCUGGCUGGGGGGGUGUUGUUGAGCCACAGAGCAGAGGAGAGGGCAUGCUCUGGUCUAGUGCCUGAGAAGUCCAACUGGGGCUGUUGGGAGUCAGUGUGUUACCUACCUCUGACUGUUGCAUGCUGGAGCCCCAGUCAGACAAAUGGAUGUUGUAGAUCGAUCGAUCAGGGUUUCCCAAACUCGUCCUGGACCUCCCACGUUUUGGUUUUUGUCCUAGCACUACAAGGCUGAUUGAAAUAAUCAAAGCUUGAUGAUGAGUUGGUUAUUUGAAUCAGCUGUGAAUGCUUGGGCAAAAACCAAAACGUGCACCCAGGGGGGGGGGACCCAGGACCGAGUUUGAGAAACCCUGUUGUAGAUGACUGUCUAAUAUGUUAUGCUCAGUGUCUGUCACAAUACAACAUGCUUUACUUCGCCCAUAGCAGUAAACUAGUGCUUUAAUAAAGAUGUGAAAUCACUGAAUUUUGAUAUGGACAACAUUUUAAUGAUGAGCUGACUGAUUACUGAUCCCUGUCCCUCCAACCCUGUUCUCUCUCUCUCUCUCAAGGGCAAUGUUUAUGAGUGGUCUGUCUGAGAGUAAACAGACUAAUGUUCACCUGAGGAAUGUGGACCCUGCCACUCUCCAGAUCAUCAUCACCUACGCCUAUACAGGCAACCUGGCUAUCAAUGACAGCACUGUGGAGCCACUCUAUGAGACCGCAUGCUUCCUACAGGUAUGGUACCAGUCUCCUAUCCAUCCACCCCCCCCCCCCUACUCCUCUGGGUCUCAACAUUACUCUAUUAAUCUGAACAUCUGAUCUACAGAGGUAGACGUAUCCUACUCUACCCACUUACUACCAUGUCUGUCCUUGUGAGUCUUGUCUAAUGACUACAUCACAUCACUGACCCUCCUAUUUCUGAUCAGUGGACUCUGAGGAAUGAGGAGUAUGUAUAGGCAAAUGGACAGUGAUUGUGAUUCUUCUUAGUAAUAUAGUUGUGAUAUUGAUCUUGUUUUUCAAGCAGUAGCUAGUUCUCUAUAAUACCACUCUGACCCUGCUCCCCUCCCCCUGUCUAGGUAGAGGAUGUGCUACUGCAGUGCAGGGACUACCUGGUGAAGAAGAUCCACGCAGACAACUGUGUCCGGAUGCUGAGCAUCGGGGAUCUGUUCUCCUGUGUGGAGCUGAAACAGAGCGCAAAGCGCAUGGUGGAACACAAGUUCCCCGUAGUGUACCACCAGGAGGCCUUCCUACAGCUGUCCCACGAGCUGCUGGUCGACGUACUGUGCUCAGACAACCUCAACGUGGAGAAGGUGGGUACACACUAUUCUGUUUAUAUGUACUUAUGUACUUUCUACAUACUUAGAAAUAUUCCUACAGGUAUAUGUACUCUCUACUCUGUCUUAAUGUUGUUGGUUGUAUGUGUAUUUCUUAUCCCUGAGCUGUAAAGCAAGUUACCCCUAUGGGAUAAGAAUACGGAUUCUGGCUACACAAAGUGACUGCUUGUAAAACUGAUACCUAUGGUGCUGUCACGAUGUAGUAUGUUUGAUGUUCAAAUAUUCUCUUUUCUCUUAGGAGGAGACUGUGAGGGAGGCUGCCAUGCUGUGGCUGGAGUACAACAUGGAGGCUAGGUCCCAGUACCUGUCCUCAGUUCUCAGCCAGAUCCGCAUCGAUGCUCUCUCCGAGGUGACUCAGCGUGCCUGGUUCCAGGGCCUACCGCCUAACGACAAGUCUGUCGUAGUGCAGGGCCUCUACAAGUCCAUGCCCAAGUUCUUCAAACCCCGCCUGGGCAUGACCAAGGAGGAGAUGCUCAUCUUCAUGGAGGCCACGUCAGAGUGGCCGGCCGACAUGGGUCACGUGAUGACGGGCCCCAACCACACAGUGGUAUGUUACAGCCCACAGGCCGAGAAGGUCUACAAGCUCAGCAACCCGCCCGGCGAUCUCCAGAAGGUUGGGACGCUCGUCACACCCGACAACGACGUGUUCAUCGCUGGCGGGCAGAUCCCGCUGAAGAACUCGAUCGCCAACCACGGGAAGAGCGGUGGAAAGCUACAGGCGGUGUUCCGAUCGGUGGAUAGCUUCUUCUGGUUUGACGCCCAGCAGAAUGCAUGGGUGCCCAAGACGCCCAUGCUGUGUGCCCGCAUCAAGCCCUCUCUGGUCUACUGCGAGGGGUAUAUCUACGCCAUCGGGGGGGACAACGUGGGCGGGGAGCUGAAUAAACGUACCGUAGAGCGCUACGACUGUGAGAAAGAUGAGUGGGCCAUGAUGAGCCCUCUCCCCUGCGCCUGGAACUGGACCACGUCUGUAGCAGCCCACGACUGUAUCUACGUGAUGACCCACGACCUCAUGUACUGCUACUUCCCCCGCGCUGACACCUGGGUAGAGAUGGCCAUGAGGAAGACCAGUCGCUGCUUCGCCUCCGCCGCCACAUUCGGUGACCUCAUCUUCUACAUCGGGGGGCUCCACGUCGUCUCCAACUCGGGUGUCCGCAUGCCCACCAGCACCAUCGACGGCUCUUCCGUCACUGUGGAGAUCUACGACGUCGGCAAGAACGAGUGGCGCCUGGCUGCCAACAUCCCCGCCAAGCGCUAUUCGGACCCGUGCGUGCGGGCUGUGGUGCUCCUUGGCUCUCUGUGCAUCUUCAUGCGCGAGACUCACAUGAACGAGCGCGCCAAGUACGCCAUCUACCAGUACGACCUGGAGCUCGACCGCUGGUACCUGAGGCAGCCCGUGUCUGAGCGCGUGCUCUGGGACCUGGGGAAGGACUUCCGCUGCGCCGUGGGGAAGCUGUACCCAUCCUGUCUGGAAGAAUCCCCAUGGAAACCACCCACCUACCUGUUCUCCCCCGACGGGGCCGAGGAGUUUGAGGUGGACGGGGAGAUGGUCUCCCUCCCUCACAUAUAG